AUGUUAAUCCAUGUUUGUUUUAUGGAUUAUAGGAGGUGUGCUGUCCGACUGUUUAGGAUGGCAGCAGAACAGGGACAAACAAACAUUGUCAGUACAGGUGUGGAAGAGCCAUUGGAUUUAAUUCGAUUGAGUUUGGAUGAACGCAUUUAUGUGAAAAUGCGCAACGAUCGUGAGGUCCGAGGUCGUUUGCAUGCCUUUGACCAACAUUUAAACAUGAUAUUGUCACAAGUGGAAGAAACAGUAACCACUGUCGAACUGGAUGAAGAAAAUUUUGAGGAAAUGCAUAAACAGACGAAGCGUCAAAUACCGAUGUUGUUUGUUCGGGGUGAUGCUAUUAUACUUGUUGCUCCACCUUUGAGACAUACAUAA